AUGAGGGCUCAUUCAGGUGCAAAGAAUGAAGAACUUGUUUACAUGUACUUUCUUGUGAAGUUGCUUUCAAAAUCAAGGUCUUUUUUUUUUUCUCUCUCUCUCUCUCUCUUCUCAUUGGAUUUCAUUGUCACUUCUUUCCUUUCCAUUACAAUUUCCCCCCCUUUCUCUGUAUUCUUUCUUUCCUUAACUCUGUUCCUUUAUUCUUUCUCUCUCUCUCUCUCUCUCAACUCUUCUCUCUCUCUCUCUGUUCUUCUCUCUCUCUCUCUCUCUGCGUGUUCUGUUCUUCUCUCUCUCUCUCUCUACAUUCUGUUCUUCUCUCUCUCUCUUGUUCUUCUCUCUCUCUUCUUCUCUUCUCUCUCUCUUUCUCUCUCUUCUGUUCUUCUCUCUCUCUCUCAUGUUCUUCUCUCUCUCUCUUCUGUUCUCUCUCUCUCUCUUCUGUUCUUCUCUCUCUCUCUCUUUCUUCUCUCUCUCUCUCUCUCUCUCUUCUUUUCUCUCUUCUGUUCUCUCUCUCUCUUCGUUCUGUUCUUCUCUCUCUCUGCGCGUUCUGUUCUUCUCUCUCUCUGCGCGUUCUGUUCUUCUCUCUCUCUGCGCGUUCUGUUCUUCUCUCUCUCUCUUUUCUCUUCUUCUCUCUCUCUCUCUUAUCUCUCUGAAAUGUUCUUCUCUCUCUCUAAUUUCUGUUCUUCUCUCUCUCUCUUUUCUGUUCUUCUUCUCUCUCUCUUUCUUUCUUCUCUCUCUUUCUUGUCUGUUCUUCUCUCUCUCUACGCGUUCUCUUCUUCUCUCUCUUUCUCUUCUAAAGAUUCUCUCUCUCUCAUAAUCUUUCUUCUCUCUCUCUCUUUUUCUAUUCUUCUCUCUCUCUCUCUUCUGUUCUCUCUCUUUUUUCUGUUCUUCUCUCUCUUUUAA